AUGUUGACUAAUAUUAAAAUGCAUUAGGAAAAUAUAAGGAAUGAUUUAAGGACUCAUUUGUUUGGUAAAUAAGGAUUCAAAAUCAGAAGAUCAGUUGAUAUUGAAAAUGUAAUUGUUUAAUAGGAAUAAGUAUAAUCGGUUGAAAGAUUUAAAGAUGCAUAUGUAUUAUAAGAAAAAAUAGGUAUUACUAAUAAAAUUAUAAUAGGUGAAGGAGCACAUUCAGUUGUUAGAAAAUGUUAUAAAAUACCUAAAUAAAGAAGUACUAAAUCAUUAAUGCCUAAAUCAAUACAAAUUUAUGCUGUUAAAUGUUUUAGAACUGAUGAUCCAGAAAUUGUCAACACUAUUAUACAUACAUUCAAUUUAUAGAGAUAAUUACAAGAUAUCCCAUAAGUAUGUAGAACAUAUGAUUUAUUCAUUGAUCAAUAAACAAAGCAUCAUUAUCAAGUGAUAGAAUUUUGUGAUAGCCCUAAUUUGGAAUAAGUGUACCGCAACCUCACUCUUAGAUAGAAACAAGAUACUAUUAAACAAUUAGCUUAGGUUAUUGGCUAAAUUCAUUCUAGAGGAAUCUCACAUAGAGAUUUAAAACCAGAAAAUAUUCUAAUUUAAACUGAACCAAACCUUUAAAUUAAAUUAAUCGAUUUUGGAGUCUCCAAACGAUUCAAAUAUAGAGACACGUUUACUGAAAUGUGGACUGCUACUGGAACCAUCUUAUAUUAGGCUCCAGAAGUCUUUUUAGGAGGAGGUUAUGAUGAAAAAGGUAUAUACUAUUUUUGUUAUAUAAUAAGUUGAUAUCUGGUCGAUAGGGAUUAUACUCUAUCAGAUGUUAUGUUAAACCUUACCUUUUUAUGCUGAAACCAUUAGUGAAACUAUAGAAUAAAUUACUUCAUUGGACCCUUAAUUUCAAUAUUCUUAAGAAUUUUUAAAGUUGAAUCAAGUUUAAAGAGAUCUGAUUAAGAGAUUGCUUAAACCAUAUCCUCAUUAAAGAUUAUCUGCAGAAGGUAUUAAUUCUAUUUAUUAGAAAUACCCUUACAUCCAUGGUUUGAUUAAGAAAAUCAUGUAGAUGCAAGUUCUGAUGACAUGAUUCUUGCAUAAGAUAUUAUUUAAGGAGAGAGAACUAUGUCUAAUUAAAUAGGUACAGAAAUUACAGAAUAACAAUUCUAAAAUUUAAUGGAUAGUCUUGAAUGGGGUAGAAGAAUUCAUUUUAACUAAUGA